AGGAAAAAGCGAAAGGCGACGGAUGCAUCCAGAGAAGAUAAACUACCUACUCACGCCCCUCCCCACUCACCCACGCGUCUGCUCCGGGCUUCCCCUCCUUCUGCUGGGGCUGGCAGUCAGUUCACUCCCAGUUGGGAGGUGCGGCCCGGGGAGGGGCCAGGAGCGGGAACGUGCCCGGUGCUGCCCAGUCUUUGUCUGCUGCCCCCGGAUGCACAGCGAUGGGGGAAUGGACCAUCUUGGAGAGGCUGCUGGAAGCCGCGGUGCAGCAGCACUCCACUAUGAUCGGGAGGAUCCUGUUGACUGUGGUGGUGAUCUUCCGGAUCCUCAUUGUGGCCAUUGUGGGGGAGACGGUGUACGAUGAUGAGCAGACCAUGUUUGUGUGCAACACCCUGCAGCCCGGCUGUAACCAGGCCUGCUAUGACCGCGCUUUCCCCAUCUCCCACAUACGUUACUGGGUCUUCCAGAUCAUAAUGGUGUGCACCCCCAGUCUCUGCUUCAUCACAUAUUCUGUGCACCAGUCUGCCAAGCAGCGAGAACGCCGGUACUCUACUGUCUUCCUAGCCCUGGACAGAGACCCUCCUGAGUCCAUGGGGGGUCCUGGAGGAACUGGGGGUGGGGUCAGUGGUGGGGGAAAGCGAGAAGAUAAGAAGUUGCAAAAUGCCAUUGUCAAUGGGGUGCUGCAGAACACAGAGAAUACCAGCAAGGAGACAGAGCCAGAUUGUUUAGAGGUUAAGGAGCUGACUCCACAUCCAUCAGGGCUGCGCACUGCAGCGAGAUCCAAGCUUCGAAGACAGGAAGGCAUCUCUCGCUUCUACAUUAUCCAAGUGGUGUUCCGAAAUGCCCUGGAGAUUGGGUUCCUGGUGGGCCAAUACUUCCUCUAUGGCUUUAGUGUCCCAGGGUUGUAUGAGUGUAACCGCUACCCCUGCAUCAAGGAAGUGGAAUGCUAUGUGUCCCGGCCCACUGAGAAGACAGUCUUUCUAGUAUUCAUGUUUGCUGUGAGUGGCAUCUGUGUUGUGCUCAACCUGGCUGAACUCAACCACUUGGGAUGGCGCAAGAUCAAGCUGGCUGUUCGAGGGGCUCAGGCCAAGAGGAAGUCAGUAUAUGAGAUCCGUAACAAGGACCUGCCCAGGGUCAGUGUUCCCAAUUUUGGCAGGACUCAGUCCAGUGACUCCGCCUAUGUGUGAAAGGGCAGGUUUUAGGACGGCCUGCAGGGACAAGUUGCCACAAGGCAGAUAACUGCUUAAAGGUGGAUAUAUCUGCCCUCAUAUGUGACUCACUACUAAGAUGUAGGGUAAGGUUGGUUAACAGAAGAUCUUGUGUCAAAAGGAGAGGAGAAAAAGCAGAACCAUCAUCACACGUCAUCAGUAGCACUGGUUCCACAUAGGCACUUGGGUAGGGUGAUGAGUGGAUGACUUGGAUUUCUUUGGGACCUUUUCUUUUAUGGCCCUUCUUGAUCCUGAUAACAAUGGACUUGCACAGCUACCAAGUAGGACUUACCUCUGCUGAGCUCUAUUCUGGCGAAUGGCAUGAGUUAAAUAAUUGAUAUAAACUUUGUAACCUAUCUAAACAUAUCCCUUUAUCCUGGGCUGCAGGACAAAUAUCCUGGAAGAUCCUUCGUUUAUCUCCCCCAUCAGCAUGCCCUUUUCCUCAACCCAGGAUAGCAUGCCAGCUUUUUUUUCUGAACCUGGCCUUACAUUAGACCUAAUAUGGUUUAUCUGCAAGCUAGAGGGAAUUACAUGGGGUGCUUUUUGGAAAUUGGCCAUGGCAGAGGUUUGCACUUGAGCCCAACUGAUUGGCUCUUAGUCAUUAUGAAAACCUUAGGAAUGUCUCAAUAUUUCCAAUUUUCUAAC